CUUACCUCCAUUCUUUCUUCAUAACAAUAGGGACAAGAUAAGGCUGUUAAUAUGCUGGUGUAUUUGUAAUCAGACUCAAUUUCUUUUCAUUUCAUCAUUCUCUCAAUUCUUACAAGAUGAAGGUGUGACUAUGAUUAGAUUAGCUGGUUAAAGUCUAAAAUUGACAUUCUGCCAUCUUCUAUUGUGAUAGAUCCAUGAGAGUCUAUUUGUUUACACGAAAGCUGAGACAAACAAAUUUCAUGCUCCUGUUAAAGGAAUAAUGUGAUUAUUUUAGUUGACUUGAAUCAGCAGAUCAAAACUUUGCAAAAAAAGAGAGAUUUGUAACCGGCCACACAUUUCUGAUCAGUCCAUCUCUUGGCUGAUAGUAUCUGAAACAUGUUUUUCCUCAGAGGUCACAUCACUGUACACGAGAAAAAACACCACCUAUCCCACCAGGCUGCGAAUCGGGUGUUUGUGUUGCGUGCAGCGUACUGGGGCAAUAUCUGCAGUCUUCAAGGCCCUGUGAAAGCCUGUUUUGUUGGCUCCCACCUGUUACAGGAGCAGCUCUUCCUCAGAAACCGACUUGUUGUUUAUCCACGUGUGGGCGGGGAAAGCACGAGCGCACGGGGGCAUGGGGAGCAGCCAAUCAGAAGCGAGCGGCAGCGGGGAGCCUUAAAUGCAGAGAGCGGCUCCUCCGCAGCAGCAGUCGCUUUCUGCUCUCCGAGCUGACAUUCACUCCGUCUUCUCAGCAGGAACACUGGAAUAUCUCCACCUAUUACAACUCCUAAACGAGUUUGAACCUAUUUUUUUUUUAUAUCACCCCCUCUCCCCCCUCUAUUCUUGUCGGAAUUUAACCACCGGGAAGAACAAUGCGGCUCAUUCAGAACAUGUCGACCAUUGCGGAGUGUACCGCGCCUGGAUACUCCGUCCUGAACCGGGUCAUCAAAAUAGCUGUUAUCGGAGGCAGCGGAGUGGGGAAGACAGCGCUCGUGGUGAGAUUCUUAACGAGGCGGUUCAUUGGAGACUAUGAGCGAAAUGCAGGUAAUCUGUACUCCAGAGAAAUCCAGGUGGAUGGAGAUCAGGUGACCAUCCAGGUCCAGGACACGCCAGGUGCAGAGAUGACUGAUAACGGUAUCAGUCUCCCCGACCACGUGAGCUGCUCCAUCCAGUGGGCAGAUGCCGUGGUGCUGGUGUACUCGGUGACCGACCGGCGCAGCUUCGAACUGAUCGACCAGCUGCACCAGCUGGUGGCCCGCAGCGGCGGUGCCGGCGCGCCCCCGGUGAUCCUGCUCGCCAACAAGGCCGACCUGCUGCACCUGAGGCGCGUCGACUCCCAGCAGGGCCCCUUGCUGGCGGGGACGCUGGGCUGCUCCUUCUACGAGGUCUCCGCCAGCGAGGACUACAACCAGGUGCACGGCGCCUUCCACAGACUGUGCUGCCAGCUCGCCAAGCAGCCGCAGCAGCAGCAGCCGACGUCGCCUCCGACCGCCAGCGGCGCCACGGAGAAGAGGCGCUCGCCCCUCAUCCCCCGGCCAAAGUCCCCCAACAUGCAAGAUCUGAAGAGGCGUUUCAAACAGGCGCUGUCGGCCAAAGUCAGGACUGUGACCUCGGUGUGAGGAGAACUGUGAGCAGAUUAAAGAAAGAAAACAGGAGGUGAACUCUCCUGUCUUAAAGUCCUGAAUCAGUCUGACUGAAAGAGGCAGAUGAGUGGGUAAAAAUAAUUAAAAAAAAAGAGGCGCUACCCUCUUGAAGAAGAGCGGUCUGGUGUCAGAUGGCAUGGAAGAAGUUUAUCUGCUCAGGAAGAGACGCGUAAAGAGACACGGGUGGGGGGGACGGCCGAGGGACGGCGGCUUCAACCAGGCUUUGUGAAUCGGUUGAACUCAAAAGUGUAAAUCCAGCUUCUCUUGGCAACAGCUGAAGGACGGCUUAUUUUUAGCUGAGCCCAUUGUGGCAGAUUUUUUUUUCUUUUUUUCCUAUUCACUGCCUCUACACGGCACUGUUGGCGGCUCCCGUUCAGAAAGGACUCUGUGCAUGCUCAGUCUGUAAUGUCAACAUCUGCAGUUCAUGUGCUCGUCAUUCAGCUUUAUGGAUCAUCACUGCAGUGGGAGGUCGAAGUGUUGCAGCAGACCCGGGAUGUAGCACUGAUGCACUUUAUAUAUAAAAGAAAGACCAGUCCAAAGGACCCGUUUAUUUAUUUGUUACACUUUGUCCACAAUAAAAUGUUAAAACGAGA